ACUGGCAAUACAAAUUUGACGGCUGACUUUACGAGUACUUGGCUUCUAAAAAUUAAUUUCUUUAUUUAUCUUUAUCGCAAGGAAUGCUUAUGCAAUGAGCGAUGGUAGGUCUGUAAGUGGCCAACUGAAAAAGUUCGUGUUUCGUGGCAAGUCAUCAAGUAACGGCGACACUCGAGGUGAAUAUUUGGAGAUAGUUAUACCGGAGCUUCUGACGGCUGGCUAUUCGUUCUACACGUGGCCGUCGGCACCCUUAUUAGCUUGGUAUUUGUGGACUCAAAGGCGACAUUUACGCGGACUCCGCGUAUUAGAGCUUGGCUGUGGAACUGGCCUGCCAGGCAUCUUAGCCGCAAAGUGUGGCGCCCGUGUUACGCUCACUGACAGCGUUGCUUUGCCGCGGUCCUUGCGGCAUCUGUCUGCGUGUUGUGAGGCCAAUGGUCUUGUCGUUAAUCGCGACGUAAAGAUCCUAGGUCUCGCCUGGGGCCUAUUCCUAUCAGAAGUUCACGCACUUAGACCAGUAGACUUAAUAUUAGCUUCAGAUUGUUUUUACGAGCCCUCCCAGUUCGAAGAAGUGCUAUCGACAGUCGCUUAUCUGCUAGACGGCACUGACGCCCGAUUUUUAUGUUCUUACCAGGAGCGCAGCGCAGACUGGUCCAUUGAGGCUCUUCUGAAGAAGUGGGGCCUGAAGGGAGCAUUGCUGGACUUGGACUCGCUCAGUGAGAGUUCAGGUUUAGCUUUUACAAUGGCUGAAGCUCUUCCAGAAUACCCAGAUUCAGACUUCUCUGAUGAUGAACAGUCUCCGUUAGACAAAUCUUUUAGCAAAGCAUCUGACCAUGUAAGAAAACUAACCAAUGUACUAAAUAACAACCAACUGCUGGAGCUAUAUGGUCUGUACAAACAAGGCACUGAAGGUAAAUGUAACAUUCCUAAGCCUGGCUGGUUAGAUGGCAGGGGGCGCAAGAAGUGGGAAGCAUGGAACUCUCUCCGUGACAUGCCACAAGAUGAGGCUAAACAGAAAUAUAUAGCAUUAGUACAGAAGUAUGCCCCAGAACUGACAGAUCUUUCAAAUGACAAUGAGUCAGGAGUAAAGGAAGCAUGGGUAGCUGUAUCUUCCAUGCUUAAAUCACCAGAACCUGAACUGGUACACAAUGAAUUGUCCAUAUUAGAUGCAGCCAGAGAGAACUGUGCUGACCGGGUCACAGAACUUCUCUCCAAACAUCCAGAACUUCGUCAUGAAACGGACGAGGAUGGUCUCUCCGCCUUGCACUGGGCUGCUGACAGAAAUGCCACUGAAGCAUUAAAAGCUGCUUUGGAAGGAGGGUGCCCAGUAGAUGCAGUGGAUGAAUGUGGUCAGACAGCUCUACAUUAUGCUGCAACCUGUGGCCACAUUGAGUCAACCACUAUUUUAUUGAAAGCUGGUGCUUCACUGCUAAAGGAUGAGGAUGACUGCACUCCACUAGAUUUGGCUUCUGAUGACGACAUACGGAAAGUUCUGGAAGGUGCUAAGUAGAUUAAGUUACAGUCUACUGGUGACAUGAAUAUUGCAUUGUGUAGCCUUUUCUAUUUAACCGAAAAUAUAUUUCAUGGAUUCAUGCCGCCAUUAGACUGAGCGCAAGUUUUAGUUAGAAUUAACAUUGGGUUAUUGUAGUUAUUCAUAAUAAUAAAAUCUGAUAAUAUUU